AGCGCCCAGCGCCGCCGUUGCCAGAGACUCGGCGGCCGCCGGACGGGGCGGACGUCGGGGCGGCGACUCCCGGCGGCGGGGGGUGGGGAGGAGGCGCUAUGGCCGACGUGUUCCCGGGCUCCGAGCCCGGCGCGGACCCGGAGGCGGCGCGGCGCUUCGCUCGCAAGGGCGCCCUGAGGCAGAAGAACGUGCACGAGGUGAAGGAGCACAAAUUCAUCGCGCGGUUCUUCAAGCAGCCCACCUUCUGCAGCCACUGCACCGACUUCAUCUGGGGAUUUGGGAAACAAGGAUUCCAGUGCCAAGUUUGCUGUUUUGUGGUUCAUAAGAGGUGCCAUGAGUUCGUUACCUUCUCUUGUCCUGGGGCUGACAAGGGGCCCGACACUGAUGAUCCCAGAAGCAAGCACAAAUUUAAGAUCCACACCUAUGGGAGCCCCACCUUUUGUGACCACUGUGGGUCCCUCCUUUAUGGGCUCCUGCACCAAGGGAUGAAGUGUGACACCUGUGACAUGAACGUUCAUAAGCAAUGUGUGAUAAACGUCCCCAGCCUCUGUGGCAUGGACCACACAGAGAAAAGGGGAAGGAUUUACCUGAAAGCUGAAGUCAUUGGUGAAAAACUGGAAGUAACAGUGAGAGAAGCAAAAAACCUCAUUCCCAUGGAUCCAAAUGGACUCUCAGAUCCAUAUGUUAAACUGAAGCUCAUCCCAGACCCUAAGAACGAAAGCAAACAAAAAACAAAAACCAUCCGUUCUACUCUGAAUCCAGACUGGAAUGAGUCCUUCACAUUUAAAUUAAAGCCUUCAGACAAAGAUCGCCGGUUGUCCGUCGAGGUCUGGGACUGGGAUCGAACAACCAGGAACGAUUUCAUGGGAUCUCUUUCAUUUGGGGUGUCAGAGCUUAUGAAAAUGCCAGCCAGUGGAUGGUACAAGCUGCUGAAUCAAGAAGAAGGUGAAUAUUACAAUGUUCCAAUUCCAGAUGCUGAUGAAGAUGGAAAUGCAGAGCUCCGGCAGAAGUUUGAGGACUGUCAUGUAAAUAUCCACUUCUUCAAGAAAGCCAAACUUGGGCCAGCUGGUAACAAAGUCAUUACUUCAACAGAAGACAAGAGCUCAAGUGUGCCAUCCAACAAUCUGGACAGGGUCAAGCUGACAGAUUUCAACUUCCUCAUGGUUCUUGGAAAGGGGAGCUUUGGGAAGGUGAUGCUGGCAGACAGGAAGGGGACAGAGGAGCUCUAUGCAAUCAAAAUCCUGAAGAAAGAUGUGGUGAUCCAGGAUGAUGAUGUUGAAUGUACAAUGGUUGAGAAACGAGUCCUGGCACUGCAGGAUAAACCCCCGUUCCUGACACAGCUUCACUCCUGUUUCCAGACAGUUGACCGGCUGUAUUUUGUCAUGGAGUAUGUGAAUGGUGGGGAUCUCAUGUAUCACAUCCAGCAAGUAGGAAAAUUUAAGGAGCCACAAGCAGUGUUCUAUGCAGCCGAGAUCUCCAUUGGGUUAUUCUUUCUCCACAACAGAGGGAUUAUUUAUAGAGAUCUGAAAUUAGAUAAUGUGAUGUUGGAUUCAGAAGGACACAUUAAAAUUGCUGAUUUUGGAAUGUGCAAAGAACAUAUGUUAGAUGGAGUAACAACCAGGACCUUCUGUGGCACUCCAGACUACAUUGCACCAGAGAUUAUUGCUUACCAGCCCUAUGGGAAGUCCGUGGAUUGGUGGGCUUAUGGUGUGCUGCUCUAUGAGAUGUUGGCUGGACAGCCUCCAUUUGAUGGGGAAGACGAAGAUGAACUUUUCCAGUCCAUAAUGGAGCAUAACGUGUCCUAUCCCAAAUCACUGUCCAAAGAAGCUGUCUCCAUCUGCAAGGGGCUGAUGACAAAACAUCCUGCAAAACGCCUUGGCUGUGGCCUUGAAGGUGAAAGAGACAUCAGGGAACAUGCUUUCUUCAGGAGGAUUGACUGGGAAAAAUUGGAAAACAGAGAGAUUCAGCCACCUUUCAAACCUAAAGUGUGUGGCAAAGGUGCCGAAAACUUCGAUAAGUUCUUCACGCGGGGACAGCCGGUGUUGACGCCCCCGGAUCAGCUGGUCAUUGCCAACAUAGACCAGACGGAUUUCGAAGGGUUCUCUUACGUCAACCCCCAGUUCGUGCACCCCCUGGUGGAAAAUGUAGCAUGAAACAGCAGAGCAGGAACAAAUCCCGCCGUGGGGAACAGCCCGCAACCCUACAAUUUUUAGGCUUUUGCCUUGUUGAUUCCAUUUGGGCCUGGAAAUUGUAGGGUUCGAGAGUGUAGGGCGAGGGAAGGGCCACUUAGUCAGGAUUUGGGCUUUGCAACGGCGUUGUUGUCUUAAUGGGACAUAAAUUAGUGUACGGUGCCCUCUUACUCUUCUAGAAGUCACCACUGACUUGUCUAAACUUACCCAUUUUUUGGUACGUUAUAUAUUUUGUAACUUCCCACUGUCCUUUUGCUCCCUUUUCCACUCUGUUGUGUUAGGGAAAAAAAUCUAACACGUGGUCUGAAUUUAAAAAAACCACCUGGAAUGUUUAGUCCUUGGGUGCAGAUGCUGGAGGUGGGACUGUUCCUCCUGCAGUUCCCGGGGACUUCGGGGACACGAGCAGCACGAGGGACCGAGCGACAGCACCGGGGAGGAGAGGCAUUGCAAAAACAGUGCUGAAAGGGGUUGUUUGGAAAAUAUGGCAGAAAAAGAAAGCUGGGAACGGGUGGGUGGGUGGGAGGGGGGAAUAAAAUCAAAUCAGACCCUGAGGCUUCGUGAGCCGAUCCCGUAAGAUCACAAACAAAAGCACUCCAGUGGUGGCCACAUCUCUAGGGACUUGUGCUAAGUAGCAUGUGAUAAACUCAAGGGUGAAAUUUUGUCUUUAAUAAUAAUAAUAAUGAUAAUAGUAAUAAUUUUAAUAAUACUUUUGUGAAUUUUAAUCUCCAUGAGAUUAUUCUGUGAUCCAGGGUGCCAUUGUUUGUUCAGUUGGUUUAAUUUACACCGCUCCUCGAGUUUACUGUUAACUGGUUCUAAUACCAAUAUUUUACUAUGAAGUUCAUUAACCUGGAAUGUAAAACAAAACUGUAAUUCCUCCUAAAUCUUAUUUACAUGUGUUUAUUUAUAGUCUGCAGUGUAGGGCAGUAAAUUGAAAGGAUUAUGUGUACUAAAUUAACAAAAAAAUGCAGCCCCGAGUGACUUCCUGAUUUCUUCAGAAUAACUCAUGAAAAUCAAGUGAGAGUUAAGUCUUAAAAUAAUCAGUUUUAAUUCAGAAAACUUUGGGCUGUAGAAUAAUCAAGCCUGAAAGAAGCAGCACCUAAAACUUGUUUUAUUGAUAGAAUGGAAUUUAAUACCUUUUACAUAUGCUUCAUGCAAUGAAUUUUGCAUGUUUAGUAAUAACUCUUAAUAAUAAGGGUUAAUAAUAAGCAGAUCUAUAUUACUGACAUAAUCAUAUCAAGCAUAAAGAGUAUUAUAAAACUUUUAUAAAACAACUCGUGCUUUAUUUGUGAAAGUUCUUGUUCUGAAUGACACAUUUAGAUUUAGCUAAAUGUUUUCUUGCUAUUGUUUUGAUUUUUACUUUAGGUUUUGGAUAUUGUUACUGGCUUAGGGUAUAAUCUCUUUUUUUAAAAGUAGAUAUACUUUUAAAUGAUAAUUGCUACCUGCAGGUUUUAUACGAGGUUCAAUUAGGCUUUCAUUUCACAUCUGCUUAUUACUUGCAGAGAAGGAAAUAGACUUUAUUUGCAAUGAUGAACACUGUAAUUAAUGCAAUCUUCUCCUCUCCUAUCACUUAGAGAAAAAAUUUUGAUAUUUCCUCUUACAACUUUACCAGAAGAUAUUAAUUCAAAUAUCAGUAAAUACGUUUUGUGCAUAUUUUGGUUUUGUUACAGCAUGUAAAAUAGUAUUUGGUGCAUUCCCCUUAUUUUUUUUCCCUUCUGCCUUGUUCCCCUUAGCAGCCAUAGGCACUUUUUGUCUGUCAGAUGUGCAUGAUGAUGCCAGAAGCAUGAUGUCUCUGUUGCUGCAUGCAGACUGGUUACGAUUUUUCCAGCAUGUAAACAUAUUCAAAAAGUAAGAUAUUUGCCAUAAAAGACUUAAAUUUAUACUAGAAUAUGUAACGGGGGAGGGUGGGAGGGGGAAAUCUACUUUCUAAUCCAUCUUUUGUGACAAUAAAACAUGGAACCUGUGCCAAAGA